AAGUAGUACAGUAAUUUUGAGAGUUUUCUUUUCCCAAUUAUAAAAUAAGUACGUAACAUUUUAAGUAAUUUAGAUUUUAUUUUUCGAUAAAAGGCAGCAUAAUUGCAUUGAUGCACUACAAUUGGAGUUGGGAGAAAACAAGAUGGAUGUGAACAUGGACGCCAUAGUAGCACAAACCCAAGGAUUUUCAGGGAAUUUAUCAGACCUUAAUCAUCUACAAAGGAUUCUCAAACAAUGUGAAGAGUUAUUUGGGGCCCACACUGUUUCUCAGUUGGUUUCUUACCUCGAUCAACUUGAUCCUUGUCUACAUUCACUCGGUUACCUCUAUAUCCUGAAGGCGAUCUUGUCUGCCCCAGUUUCAAAGGAGGAAGCCAAUGGACUACUUGUUACCAUUGCAAGAUUUAUCAAUUCAUGUUCUGUGGAGCAAAUACGACUGGCACCUGAAAUAUUCGUAUUCAUUUGUAGAAGGUUUAAGGAUCAAGUUAUGUCGAUGGAAGCACCAAUUCGUGGUGUGGCUCCGAUGCUGACCGCUGUUUGCAAACUACAAGUCUCCUCUGAGAAGCUGACAGCUUUGCAUUCUGAUUUUCUUCUUCUUUGUGUAUUAGCAAAGUGCUAUAAAACCGGUAUGCCUGUCCUUGAGGACGACAUAUCUGAGGUUGAUCAGCCAAGGGACUUUUUUCUCUAUUGUUACUAUGGGGGAAUGAUUUGCAUUGGACAAAAGCACUUUGGUAAAGCGUUGGAACUUCUACACAAUGUUGUGACGGCACCUAUGUCCACUUUAAAUGCUAUAGCAGUUGAAGCAUACAAGAAGUACGUUCUGGUUUCACUCAUUCAUCUUGGACAGUUCUCCACCAGUUUUCGCAAGUACACUUCUUCUGCAGCCCAAAGGAAUUUGAAGAACUUUGCUCCGCCUUACCUGGACUUGGCAGAUUGUUAUGGAAAUGGAAAUAUCUCUGAGCUCGAAACAUUUGUUCAAGCAAACGCGGAGAAGUUUGAAAGUGACAAUAAUCUUGGAUUAGUGAAGCAAGUGGUGUCUUCUAUGUAUAAACGCAAUAUUCAACGGCUAACUCAGACAUACCUUACUCUCUCCCUUCAAGAUAUUGCUAACACUGUCCAACUAAGUAACGCUAAAGAGGCAGAAAUGUACGUGCUUCAAAUGAUUGAAGAUGGUGAGAUAUAUGCAGCUAUAAAUCAGAAGGAUGGUAUGGUUAGAUUCCUGGAGGAUCCUGAGCAGUAUAAAACACGUGGAAUGAUUGAACACAUUGAUUCAUCAAUUAAGAGAAUAGUGGUGUUGUCCAAAAAGAUGACUUCAAUGGAUGAGCUUAUGUCUUGUGAUCCUAUGUACCUAUCGAAGGUUGGUAGAGAGAAACACAGAUAUGAUUUCGAUGAUUUUGAUGGUGCUCCUCAGAGAUUCAACUUCUGAGACGAGCACAAUUGAGCUUUAUGAGUAAAUAUGACAAAUGGUGAAAGCAAAUUUUGUUCCAUUAUGUCCUCAGAUGGCUCCCAGUAGACUUAGGUGCUCUUAUGUUUUUUUUUAGAAAAAGAUAGUUUUCAGUCUUUUAAUGUUCAGGAUAUUCUACAUUGUUAUAUACAGAAUUGACUUGGCUGAAAGUAGAACCAACGAUUAUUAUUUGAUGUUAAAACAUAUGAGCUGAAUUGGUGAAUCCUGCACUUGCAGCAUUUAAAUAAUGUAUAAACAAAAACACUUGAAAGGACCCUGAUUACAACUUAGAUUCUGGUAAAUGAAUCUUUUUUAAUUCUUUUCUCAA